UUUCACUCACAGCAGCCUUGCUGCCUUUAGGAACUGGAGAGCCAGGCACUUUCACUGGGGCAGGAAGAAGGCUCUGGAUUCAUUAUUUCUUCACCACAAUAGCAACUUAAGAUGCCUGGGAAAAUGGCUGUGAUCUGUGGAGCCUCGACUAUACUUUGGGUAGUGUUUGCAGCUUCCGCUCAAGCUUUUAAAAUCCAGACCUCCCCUGAAUCCAGGACACUUGCUCAGAUUGGUGACACUGUCUCACUGACCUGCAGCACCACAGACUGUGAGUCCCCAUCUUUCUCCUGGAGGACGCAGAUAGACAGCCCACUAAGCGCCAAGGUGAGGAACGAAGGGACCAGGUCCACCCUGAUCAUGGAUCCUGUGAGUUUCGAGAAUGAACACUCAUAUCUGUGCACAGCAACUUGCAGAUCGGGAAAACUGGAGAAAGGAAUCCAGGUGGAAAUCUACUCUUUCCCAAAAGACCCGGAGAUCCAGCUGAGUGGCCCCGUGGAGGUCGGGAAGCCCGUCACAGUCAAGUGCUUGGCUCCUGACAUCUACCCAUUUGAUAGGCUGGAGAUGGACUUACUGAAAGGCACCCAUCUCAUGAAGAAUCAGGAAUUUCUAGAAGAUAUGGAGAAGAAAUCUGUGGAAACCAAGAUCUUGGAAGCAACCUUUACUCCUGUCCUUGAGGAUGUUGGCCAAAUUCUUGUUUGCCGAGCUAGAUUACACCUCCAGGAAAUGGAUUCUGUGCCCAAGGAGAGGGAGACGAUCAAAGAAUUGCAAGUCUACAUCUCACCCCAAAACACAGUGGUCUCUGUGCAUCCUUCCCCACGGUUGCAAGAAGGGGACUCGGUGACAAUGACGUGCUCCAGUGAGGGUCUACCAGCUCCAAAGGUGGUGUGGAGCAAGAAGUUAGACAACGGAAACUUGCAACUGCUCUCCGGCAACGCCACUCUCACCUUAAUUGCUAUGAGGAUAGAAGAUUCGGGCGUAUAUGUGUGUGAAGGCGUUAAUCUGGUUGGAAGAGACAAAAAAGAGGUGGAGCUCAUUGUCCAAGAGAAACCAUUUAUUGUCGACAUCUCCCCUGGACCCCGGGUUGCUGCUCAGGUUGGGGAUUCGGUUGUGCUGACAUGUGCUGUCACGGGGUGUGAAUCCCCCUCUUUCUCCUGGAGAACCCAGAUAGACAGCCCCCUCAGUGGGCAAGUGAGGAGUGAGGGGGCCAAGUCCACGCUGACCCUGAGCCCUGUGAGUUUUGACAACGAACAUUCCUACCUGUGCACCGCAACCUGUGGACGGAAGAAACUGGAAAAGGGGAUCCAGGUGCAGCUCUACUCGUUCCCCAGAGAUCCAGAAAUCGAGAUGAGUGAUCUCCUUGUGCAUGGGAAGCCCGUCACUAUAAACUGCACGGUGCCUCGUGUGUACCCUUACGGCCACUUGGAGCUUGAAUUACGGAAGGGGGAUGCUGUCAUAAAGAGCAAAUACUUCCUGGAGGAAAUGGAGCAAAAAUCCCUCGAGACCAAGAGUUUGGAGGUGACCUUCACCCCCACCAUUGAAGAUACUGGAAAAGUCCUUGUUUGUCGGGCUAAGUUACAUAUUGCCGAAAUGGAAUCUGAACUCAAACAAAGGCAGAGUACACGGACGAUAUAUGUCAGCGUUGCUCCCCGGGACACGGACAUCUUGGUCAGCCCCUCUCCCAUCCUGGAGGAGGGCAGUCCUGUGAAUCUGACCUGCCUCAGCCAUGGCUUCCCCGCUCCCCAAAUCCUGUGGAGUAGACAGCUAAUCACCGGGGAGCUGCAGCGUAUUUCUGACAAUACAACUCUGACUUUAACGUCUACAAAAAUGGAAGAUUCUGGCAUUUAUGUGUGUGAAGGGAUUAACCAGGCUGGCAUAAGCAAGAAAACUGUUGAGCUGAUCAUCCAAGCUUCUCCAAAAGACAUGCAGCUUACAGCUUUCCCUUCUGAAAGCGUCAAGGAAGGAGACACUGUCAUUAUCUCCUGUACCUGCGGGAAUGUUCCCAAAACGUGGAUCAUCCUGAAGAAGAAAGUUGAGACAGGGGACAUCGUGUUGAAAUCUAUUGACGGCGCAUACACCAUCCGCAAGGCCCAGCUGGAGGACGCGGGAGUGUACGAAUGUGAAUCCAAAACCCAAGUUGGCUCGCAGCUAAGAAGUUUAAUACUUGAUGUCAAAGGAAGAGAAAAUGACAAGGGCUAUUUUCCCCCCGAACUUCUCGUGCUUUGCUGCGCGUCCUCCUUAAUCAUCCCGGCCGUCGGCAUGAUUAUCUACUUUGCGAGGAGAGCCAACAUGAAAGGGUCGUACAGUCUUGCAGCAGCCCAGAAAUCCAAAGUGUAGCCGGCCGUGGGGAGGUUCAAGCACAGACACUACUUAGAAGCCCGGAGCCUUCACAUAGCCCGUCAUUCUGCAAGAAGAAAAGCAAGCAGGCCGUGUCCAUUCACACUUCCCAGGAUGUGCAGAAGACAGACAGACGUGGCCGGCGGGGCUCCUGACUGCGCGCAAGCCGCCGGCGACAGAUCCUCGGGCUGACAAGUCACCUCCGUGGAGAAGAGACGACUGGAAGCCAUGUCCCUCACGUGUAGAUUGGACGUGAAGCUGUACAUAUGUAAAAUAAAGCCACACCGUAGCAAGUUUCAUUAGAGUAGCCGCAUUUCAUAUGUAGAUAAGAGGACAAUGAGGCGGUGUGGCUUGGACUGGCUGUGAUAACUUAAUUCAUCUUAGGAAAGUUUAAUGUUAAUAUUGACUGGCAACUGGCCCAUGUCGUCCUUCUGAUAUUUUAUGUCCUUCCUCAAAAUUGUACUCCUGUGAGUUCUAUUGACAAUAACUGAUUUUGAGGGGCGGGGGUUGAGGUAGGGUCUCACGCUGGCCCAGGCUGACCUGGAAUUCACUAUGGAGUCUCAGGGUGGCCUUGAACUCAUGGCGAUCCUCCUACCUCUGCCUCCCGAGUCUGAGAUUAAAGGUGUGCGCCACCACGCCCAGCUGAUUUUUUUUUUUUUUUUUAAGAAGGCAGGGUUUAAAACUUUUGAGGCAAACGAUAAAGAGAGCAUUGGGCUGACUCUCAGGUACUGCCUGCCUCAUUCAUGGUAUACUGGCCAACCGGGCGUCUCUGCAUGGCGCGGUGAGGUACGGAAUGUUUUGUGUUUCUUUGUUGGGAUCUUGUGUAACGUGACUAACAGGUUUAAAUAUGCAACUGCUUUUGAUUUUUCUUUUGUACAUAGUAUAGUAAAGUGAAAGUUGCUGGAAUCGGAA